AUGCUUUCCACAUCCGAGUGCAUUAACUGGUUUGCUGCAUUCCUUACCGUUUCUGUUGCUAUAGUAACAGUGAAUCUUCUAUGGAUCAUUCUUUUCAUAACAAACAGUAAUCUUCGCACUCGUGGCAUGUACUUGGUUAUAAACUUGACCAUAGCUGACAUGUUGGUUGGAGGACUUUCUACUAUAUAUAUACUCUCAAUUAAUUCACGCAUGGAAUGCAAAACUGUGAUUGUAAGGUUACCUUGGGACGGGUACAUGAUAACUUGGUUUCUUUUCUAUUGGUUUCCUCUAACCUCUCUUACAAACAUAACUGUAAUUUCGUUAGAGCGGAUGCAUGCAACAUUUCGUCCAUUCAGGCAUCGCGUUAUCAAAAAUUGGGUCUACGGGGUAACAAUUUCUGUGGUCUGGGUUUUAGCUGGGAUGAUAUCAACUGCCAUUUUCAUGCUUAAAUUAUUCGACAAAGAACGGUCACACAGGCAGUUUUUAUGGCAAUCAUAUUGCUUAUUAUGCCUUUUUGUUAUCUGUGUUUGUUACGCCUCGAUUAUUGUCAAAAUUUGUUGUGGGGCGCGUCCACAGCACCAUGGUGCAGCCCGUAGGCAAAGAAAACUGACUGUAACGUUACUCAUCAUGACUAUUGUAUCAUUACUGUUGUGGCUACCAUACGCUAUAGGUACCUUUGUUUUCUAUACAACUGAUAGCAUUCGAUCACUUUCUUACACAAAAAGAACGCGAUUAAAUUUGCCUUUUCUGCUUUUAUUUUAUACAAACUCGUUUGUUAAUCCCGUGAUUUACACAAUAAGAAUGCCCGAGUUUAGGAAAGCUCUCCUGUUAUUGUUUACACGUCGGCAAAGACAAAAUGCAGCUGCUACUGUGUUUCAUCUUCAUGCUCGCUAAACUACCUCUUGUAAAACUUUCGAUUGGCAGUGAUCACAGGUCACAGAAGUCGGCAAAACACAGCCUAGUUCCUAGGCGUUUUCGGUUUGGUCAAUGAUUCAUAGUCGGCGGAGUAGGGGGGCAGGGGGGGGGGCAGAGCCUCCCCACGUUUUGGUGCCGAAAACACUUUUACCGAUGUAUUUGACAAUACCCGUGACAUCAGCGACUUUAAGAAGCACAAUGAAGCAGGACCGCCUGAACAACUACCUACUGGUGUAUUGUCACAAAUCGAUUACGGACACGCUAGACACUGUAUAGAUUGCUUGUGCCAACGAACAACGCAAAUGGCAUUUUGUUGAAAAUUUGAGGAGGGGUGUGCGUAUGUCUGAGUGGAAGAUGAGCUCCUCCCCGCCUAAUCCCCCCCUACGGUUCAAAACGCUCCGCCGCCUCUGGGAUUAUUUGCCCUCUUACUGAAAAAAGUAAUAUUAUGCAUAGCUUAUUAAUACUUAUUACUUACUUAUUACGGAACUUAUUAAAAUUUGGUUCAAUAUGGUAAAUAUAUAGGUAGAGGUAAAGGUAACGGCGCACUGGAGACGGGCGAGGCUUGAACCCCGGACCUCCAGAUCCGGAGUUCGAGGUGCUAGCCACCCGGCCACACACGCCUCCACAAGAAGAAGAAGAAGUAAUUACUAACGAUUUUUUCUCUCUUUGAAUUCCCCAUAAUAAACUCUGUUUGCAUAAACUAAUGAUUGUUUUUAAAUGCUCCUGGGAGGACUGCAUAUUGCCAGGAGCAUUUGAAAACAAGAACUUAUGCAAAAUGUGGGGGUAGGGAGGGGGGUUGAAGAAAGGGAUUUAUGGGGUUUGCGAAAAUAGUCAAAACCUAUUUCAGUUUCGUCAAUAACUUGUCAAGCCGGUCAAUGGUCAGUUAAUAGAGAUGACUCGAAAUGUGCAUCAGAACUUUAUAGUAUAAUAAUAUGAAUGUACGUUUGCAAUCAUAGUUCUAAUAAUCAUUGCACUUUGUAAUACCUGUCGCAUUGUGUAAUAAAUCCAUCGCACUAUGUAAUACUUGUCAAGAAGGGGGGGGGUGCAAUGUAAAAUAUGCCAUUGACUUUUUUCCAAUUGCCCUUAAUACACUCUGUUUGCCCCCCAAAUUUUGCAUAACUUAUUGUCUUAAAAUGCUCUUGGGAAAAUGCAAUACUCCCAGGAGCAUUUAAAAAGAAUGGUUUAUGCAGAAUUUGGGGGGCAAACAGAGUGUAUUAUGGGCAAUUGGAAAAUAGAGAAUGCUUGAUUUUCGCUGACCCCCAUUUUACUUUAACACGAUUUUUGAUGACCCCCCCCCCAUCCGCCCUUGUCCUCCGGCAUGCAUGAAACAAAAAGUGUGUCAACCUCGUCCCCAGGGCUUUUCCCUUAGUGAGCAUUCGGAAGUCAGCCAAGCGUGGCAUUGCGCGCGUGCUGAACAAGAAUGACAGACUAGAAACAAUAGACAACUCCCAAAGCACAAACUCAGCCAAAACGCUAAAAAUCUUCAAUGUUUACUCAAGUUUGGGCUUAUAGAAGAUAAUGUCACAGUUUUUCAAUGACCAUGAAAUUCAGAAUCCGGGUAGUCAGUUAAUCAAUUGUGGCCCUGAAAAAAUUUGAAGGGAAAAAACUACGAAUUUUUAAGAAAAUGCUUUUUUCGUGAGAAGGACUCUUAAACGCUGACAAACGUCAACAAAUAGCUAAAACUAUAAUUUCUAUAUGUUUGCCUUGCUCGAAAUCGCGCGUAUUUACAAGCCCUAAAGCUUUUGCUGACUUGCAAGGACCCAUCUGUUAUAACGAUCCCCAAAAUAAAGGGAUAAGUCUCAUAGUUUAUUAGAUAUAAUCGUGUAAAGUUUGCUUAUCAUUUUCGCAUAAAUUAUGGAAACCACUGAAUUUCUCGAAUUGGGUCUUUGCGAUUUUGGUGAAACUCUGUUCAGCGCAAGGCACUAAUGCCCACUAUGUGUAACCGAGAGAUUUUCACGAAAAAAUACCGGCAACAGCAGAUUUUCGACUCAGACCUGAAAGGGGCGUGGCAUUAUAACCACGUGACAUUUACUCCCAUCGCCAAAAAUUUUAUGUUAUAUUGUAGAUUGAUCUAUAUGUUAUCCAUUGUAUGUGUUAGACUUACGAUAAAAGUAAAGGUGGGGAUACCAGAGAGCUUCAAAGUAGGAUGGUAGCCCCACAAAAAAACUGGGUCGAGUCACCUUAAGAAGCCAUCCAUAAAAAAUGGUGGCCCACCCCCCAUUUCCACUAUCCCCCCUCUCCCGAUAAAUAAUGACCAGUCCCUGACGUGUCUCUGAAACCCUAGCUAAAUUUUACCUUACCAAGCAUUUGUUAACAUUUCAAACGCUCAUUCUGUCGCCUAAAAUUCGGAUAGGACAGGAGUAAUCUAAAUAUAUAGGCACAAUCUUAUGGGCUUUAUAAACUAUAUGCUUGGUUAUAAAAUUAGUUAUCUAUUAUCCACUCCUUUCAAGUCCGCCAUACUUUAAUACUUCAAUUCACUUCUUCCGGUUUUGUUUGUUUUGUUUUUUCUUUUCCUCUCCUUUAGUUUAUUUAUUUCUGUUUCUAGUUGUUCCAUUACUUACAAGAAUUUGUUUUACUAGUUGUUAUUUAAAGUACACGGGGUAGUGUAGUUAAUUUAGUUAGUGUGUACGUAAAUAUUUAUGGGAACUAGGGGAAAACUAGAUAACAUUAGUUUACUUGGACUCUAGACAUCAAAAACUAUAUUCUAACCAGUAAUAACUGGAUCAAUAGGAACAGUAUAAGGAACUGAAAAUGUACUAGUAAAUGUAAUAAUACGUGACAGGUGUGAAUUACGUGUUAUCAUAUUGUCGUACUUUCAAGUAAACUUAGUUUAAUAUCUGAAACAUUCUCUUGUUAUGAGAUUCGCUUUUAUGAGUUUGAUCUCCGUCAAAGAGCAAAGUAAGUAAGUAAGUACAGGGCAUAGGUAAAGAAAGUAAGUAAGUAGAAAAGUGUGACGUCACAAAAAUUUCAUUUUUUAGGAUUUGUUGAGUGAGGCUGAGUAUAAUCUGAAGAGUUAUGGAGAUCGAGAUUACUAUAAUUCUUCAGAUCAUACGACAGCCGAAUCCAAAAACUGUUUAAUUUGUUAUUCAUUCACUGAAAAUAAUUUCCAGUCUAAAAACAAGCUAAAACAUGCUUGCCUCGAUCGAUGUUAAGUUCCCCUCUUCAUUUCAUUGUUUCUCUGCAAGUUCAGGAGAUAAAGGGAUGAUCAGUUCUGCUGAUAUUCUCCAAAUAGUAAGCGUCGUCUAUCGGGUUGUAUUCUUGCUGUUUUUGGCAGUAGUUCGGUUAUUUCAUCUUUGCAAAACGUUUGAAAUAUUCCGCUAUUUUUGUACUGCUCUCCCAAGACAACGACAACCUCGACCCCAAGGCUUCUAUACAAUAAUGCUAUGAUGACUCCAUAUAAUGCUCCUAAAAUUAACAUGGAUCUUAAAAUCUAAUAAUUUUUUAAAUUUUAGUUUUUGUGACGUCAUCACUUCUCUACUUUAGUAGGUAAGUAAGGGGGGAAAGUAAGAAAUGUUAUUUAACCAAGGUAGCCCAUUCAGCCACGAGGCUGGUAUUCAAAGGACCAUGGGAAACAAAGCGGUGUAUUUUAAAAUUUCCUAUAGUAGAAGAAGAAAUGAUAAGAAAACCUGAAUGUGAAAAUAUGUUCAAGAUUACAACAACAAGCUUAUUUUGAAUGACUAUAACAAAAUAUUACUGUAGUGCAAAAGCCACCUGCAUUUAAAGGGGCUAUGUCAGCUGGAGAGCAUGCGCUCUGAGGUUAUGCAAAUUACUUUCAAAUGUCAAAAUUCUAUUGUUUUUAACGCGUGACUUUCUCCAUGUGCGCUCUGAGGUUAUGCAAAUUACUUUCAACUGUCAAAAUUCUAUUGUUUUUAACGCGUGACUUUCUUCAUGUUCUCUGUCACGUCCAAGGUUCCGAAUUUAGAGAGGUUAACAAGCGAAAUGGGUUUAGAUAAGGGAUGUUUCGAUAGAAUUUAUGGAACGUUUCUUCUCUGGUUAUGCUAGAUCAAGAAUAAAAUUGUGACGACAAUUUUACUUGUAGUUUUGAAGUAAAAACGCAUGCCAUUCAUAAAAUAGAGCGCAAACAAAAAUUCAACAACAAAAUAUUGUCUUAUUCAACAAAAUAAAUGGAAGUUGUAUUUUACAAACGAGCUACAAAAGACGCUAGACCGAAGAUAAAGACCAAGACUGUUUCAAAUCAUUAACAAUUAGACUUGUCUGUCGCUAUUGAUUUUAUAAUUUAGAUGCUGAUAGAACAAGAGACCAAGUCUUUGUUUUGAUCUUAGGGAAACAUACAUUAUCGCGCAAAAUUGUUCGAUCGUGCCGAAUCACUGCGACGUCGAGAAAAACAGAACCCAGCAUCAUUGGUAUACUACUCCACUAUAAGCAGUCCGUUGAUAAAAAGGGAAAGUAAACUCUGCUAUUUUCCAAAAUUAUGCUCGAACACAAACAGUUCAAAAACAUGGCAUUUACAGGAUCUAACUCGUACUAAGGUGCCUCUCUAAGUCCGUUGAGAACAAUCUGGACGAGCAAACGGUCGUGUUUAUCUUUGCCGUGAAUCGAGAUAAAUACAAGAAGGAAUCUAGCCGAAUUUUAGAAUGUUUCCUUCGCCAGGAGUUUAGUUUCGUCACGAAACUCAUGGCCUGAUGCUCUUGUAAUCGUUUACAAAAAACGGCCGCCGCCAACUCGAUAGCCGCUUCAUUAUAUGUCCACAUACUUUGAGCACAAGAAAAAUCCAAGAGCCAGCAGCCUCUAAAAUAACUCAAUAGAAAGGUCCUGUGAACUAUAGGGAAGAUUCCAUCAAAGAUUCCAUCACUCAUUGUGGAGUAGCCGUCAUUAACUCUGCCAUUACAACGGCCGCUGAUAAGAGGACACAGUAAAUCCACGUAAAAACAUUCCACAGGCAAACAAUUUUAAAAUAACGCCAAAAAAUUGUUCUGUAAUCACCAUAGAACGAUUCUUAAUACAAAACUUCGCUAACUAUCGAACGAUGGCUGAGAUUUAGACAGAUAAAAACAGCCUUCCAAAAUCUCCGACACAACUUGAAAAAGUUGGGCCGUCUUUUUCAAGUUUGUUUUCAUUGGCUCGCGCAUGCGUGUUGGGUGACAUAGCCCCUUUAAUUGAUUCUUAAUUAUUUAAUUAACUAAUUAAAACAACUUUAAAUAAAAGAAAAGAUAAAAAAUUUAAUCAUUACUUACAUAUAGUAUUUUCAGGCCAUUCAUAGGAGUAGUUAUUCCGGAGAUAGGAUUGUCUCUCAAUUCAAAGCAUGUUGAGAUGAAUGAAAUUACUUGUCAUGUAUAUUUAUAAAAUAGUCAGUUGAAUUCAUUUAUAUUAAAUGUGAUAAUAAUCAGUCUCAAGUGGUAGUAGCAGUAGACAUGGAAAAAUAUACAACGAAGGUCAAUAUUUAAAAAAAUGUGUAAAGAUAGUAAGAAAUAAAUGUUAUGAAUUAAAAAUGAUUACUUAUCAUACUUUUUUUUAAGUAUGUAGGGACGGGGCGCUUUUAAUACUGACAAGGGGAGAAUAGUAAUAUAGUCCCCGCCAACUUGAAAAGUUAUUUUGCCCAUGUUUUGCGUUCAGGCUUUGGUUGGCGCAGUUUUUUUGUUCUUCCAGUGGCAGGAUCGUGCAAAGCCCUUUUUCUUGUAGGGUACUAACAAACCAAGGUACCAGAUUAUAUGAUCACUUAAAAAACCAAAAUGCCUUCUUGCAUUUUCGGUUCUGAGCUCUUUGCAACAUCCUGCUUCAACCCACGCAACUUCAACAUAGUCAAACAACGAGCUGCAAGGAUGAAAUAUAUAGCGUUUUGGAGGCUUCGUCGUAAAGUAUGAUCGUAUGCGAGAAAAUAGCGAUAGUGAGAUUCUAAUACAUUUAUUCAGCGUCUGAAUUCGGUGCUUGCUACGAAGAGAGCAAGAACUGAACGCAAAUAUAUUUGAAUAUUAAAUCUGUUCCUGCAAGACAGCCAGCCACCUCAGUAUUUGUCUACUGCCUAUUGUCGGAAAGGUAAGAAAUGUAGCGAAAAACACCAUGAGAAGCGAAAAAUUAACGAUGAAAGUCAAUUUUCGUACUUGAUUAACAGUCUUCUGUACUAGUCAAUAAGUGAAAUAAUUCGAUGGAAGUCCGUUCCACAGGUAAACACGACUUUCUUAUCAGUUGGUUACAUAAGUGUUCAUGAAGUGUUCGUCGAGCGUAUUGAACAGCUCUGAGCGUCUUAGGGCCCGCGACUUCACUGCCACUGGUGUGACCCCACUACAGAAAGAACAGCUCCAGCACCACCGAUUUCGGAGUUCCAGUGCACAGUUGACUAUCAAAGGACUAUCAGAUUAGUGUUAGAUUAGGACAAGAGAAAACACUAACCUCCUGAACCGCAGGUUGGGGCGCACGAACCACGUUGUCGUAAGCGUUCUGUGCGUUGUUGUCACCGGCAGCGUCGGCUGGAGGCGGAGGCGCUACAACUGGAGGGUCAACGGCCGCUGCAACAGCCCCAUCCGCAGGAACAACAGGGACUUGGUCCUGCAUGGAAAACGAAGAACGAAGAGAAUCUUAGAAGAUGGCGCAGCGAUGACCGUGCAAGAGAAAAAGAACGCCAAGCUAACGACUGACGAAGGUUUAACGAAAAGAGAAUUAAACAGGCCAAGACAGGCCUAUUUAUACAAAACCUGUUUGAAACAGAACACCCAGGAGACUACGAGCGCGCGGGAAUUUUUAUCCUUGAAUCCCGAAGAGAUUUGGGGCGUUUGUACGAGAUGGCCCCGGUGAGAAUAGCUCAAAGUUUCGUGCUAAGUAUCUUCUAGUCAUCAGAGACGACUUACGUCAGUGUAAACAUUAAUUUGAGUUAAGCAGGUGAGUUUUUGGCAUAUUACAUAAAGGAGGUACCACGGCGUUCAUCAGAGAGAAUUGUACCUAUUCUACUGAAUAUAAGAGAGCAGUAAAAAAAAUCGUCUUGAAAAGAAGCUGGUAGUCCCCCGUUUAAAAUUUUGUUUUAACCUUCCAUUUGUUUUUGAAACAGUCUUCUGAUCCCCUCGUUGGAGUUAUCUCACUCUAAAUCUGAUACCUCUUUAGUUCUAAUUUUCAAAAUAUUUAGCUUCUUGUAACUUUGCUGAGGUUACCCUGGAGGAAAUAAAAAAGUUUUCAAGGAAACCACUAUCUAAAUCUUGUGAACUUGAUCUUCUACCUGCGGUAGUUUUGAAAGGCUACCAUAUUACUUCCUACUAUUACGAGGAUCAUCAAUCUGUCCUCAUCGACUGGUGUUGUGCCCGAUGCUCUGAAGGUUGCUACACUAUCGCCCACAUUGAAAAAAUCUGAUGCUGACUUUGAACAGUUCCAAAACUUUCGUCCUAUCUCGAACUUAAAAGUAGUAUCGAAGCUUGUUGAAAAGGCAGUUGCCAUAAAACUCACAGAUCACGUCAUGGCGCACCACUUAGAUGAAACGUUUCAGUCUGCAUAUAAGAACUUUCACUCCACCGAGACAGCUUUAGUAAGGGUCCAGAAUGACAUUCUGUGUGCUAUUGACAACAAUGAGUCUGUUAUACUUCUUUUAUUGGAUUUGUCAGCUGCCUUCGACACGGUUGAUCACUCGAUACUGUUAUCAAGAUUGCAUGACCGCUUCGGAGUAAACGGUACUGCAGCUGCAUGGUUUGAGUCAUACCUGACGUCGCGCACGCAGUUUGUUCGGGUCAAUGACUGUAGGUCAACACAGCGCUCUCUAAAACGCGGUGUACCCCAAGGAUCUGUUCUGGGCCCUCUUCUUUAUCUCCUCUAUACAACACCCAUUGCUGAUAUCAUAAAGUUCCACAAGUUACAGUAUCAUUUAUAUGCUGAUGAUACCCAGCUCUAUAUAUCGUUUAGAACUGACUGUAGCUAUGAUCUCUCUUUGGCUAUUCGUCGUGUCGAAUGCUGUGUAAACGACAUUGAUUGUUGGAUGGUGAACAAUGGUCUUAAACUCAACCAGGAUAAAACUGAACUUGUUCUCAUCACCUCAAAAAUUUCGUUGCAGGCCUUCUCUAGAGUUUAUCCAAGUAGUUGAUGAGAAGAUCCAACCCAAACCCUUCGCCCGAAAUCUGUGGGUGAUUAUAGAUCAGUGUCUUGAUUUAACCGACCAUGUUAACAAAAUCUGCGUUUCCUGUCAGUAUCAUUUAAGGAACAUAGCUAAGAUCAGGAAGUACUUAAGUGAAGAUCCUCAGUCUCAAAUUUUAGUACAUACGUUUAUUAGCUCUAUACUCGAUAACUGUAACUCUUUGUUAUAUGGUCUUCCUAAACACCUGUUAAACAGGUUAAGACUGAUACAAAACAGUGCUACACGCAUUGUUACAUUAUCUAAGCGGUUUGACCAUAUCACUCCUAUCCUGUUCAAACUUCAUUGGUUGCCGCUGGGUUAUCGCAUACAUUUUAAAAUUUUACUCUUAGUUUACCUAUCCGAACUUUUACGCUACACUAAUGGUCCACGAUUACUUCGUUCUAGCUCCCAGAAUUUUCUAGCCGUGCCUAGGACUAGGUUAAAGACGUAUGGUGAUAAUGCUUUUUCCGCAGCUGCUCCUACAAUCGGCGACAAAAUGAGUUGAGACACUUCGCCCAAAACUGGGCUUUUUUACGUUUUAUUAACUUCAAAAGGAGGAAAUAUAGCUUUCCUCCCCCAUCCCCUCCGUGCAAUGUUGUGCCCUUGUUCUAGCUACCUAUAGAAAACAACAAACACCCCAACUUUGAAUGGAGGGGACAGGGGAGGGGUGCGAAUUCUUUUGUUCUCCGAAAUUACCCUAUUUAAGUACAAUGUCUCAACAAUUUUGUCGUCGAUUGUCUGAAUCUCAAAAGUGGCCGUACGUCCUUUAGAAAGGUAAUUGAAUUCAUUUCUCUAUGCUGGGAUGUAAGACCCCUGGUGGCUUUUUAUUUGUUGUGUUUGACUUCAUCAUACCUAUUUUAGAACAAUUAGAAUAAGGCGAUUUCGUUAUAUUCAGUGCGUGACAUUUCGUGUCACGCUUAACCGUGCCUUGACAUCGUGCAAUGUGGCGCGUCGCGCACGAUUUCUUAUUCUCUCCUUUUAUCGAAACGCAUCCAAAAAAAAAAAGUGAAAAGGAUAGGAAACUUAAUAGAUUUCUAGUCAUUAAAGUAGUUAUAAUGGCUAAAUUUGCUCUUUAGGAGGAAUUUCCACGAGUAACCACGAUAAGUAUAAAAUAAAACAAGACGCUGUGUGAGCGUAUAUUUGGGCGUGGUCGUACUACGGUUAUGAUACUUUGAACAUGCCUUAUUGCAGCUAAAGAACUGUCAUCAUAUCUUACCAGAGAAGACAAAUCCUUUACUCCACUUGUUUGCUGAACCACACAGCUUAUACAGUAUGUCCCAAUCCACAACAAAUAUAGUGUCAUUUCACGACAAUGUUUGAAAAUAUGCACAUCUUCAAUGCAGACAUGCUUGGAGCCAAAUUGCAACAUAGGACAUAAGUGGUUACAGCCCGGAGAGUAAGGUUUAUCUCAGCUCCACUGAUACUGACAGAUGUGUUUUCACACCCGUCACUUUGUACAGUGUAUUCCGGUUACUAACACGGGCAAAUAAAGUUCCUUAAGUCCAGUAUCCACAAGGAUUAAGAAGAGAGUCAGGAGCCCAUUGCAUAAACUGCUAUAGGGCAGCACUGUUUACAGGAACAUUGGUAAAUGUUAACAUUUGAUAUACUACAAUUUUCAACAUUGCUUGAGAAAAGAUGAGGUUCAAAGGUGGCAAUAUGUACUCCUUUAAGUUCAUAUAUAUUCUCAUUCCUAUGUAGAGUCUGAAAAUAUUGUACUAAUUUAUGCAUGGAUGGUAUUCCCAAUAAUACAAAUGUCCCUUCACUAUGACUGUUAUGACACAUGUCUCUAGCAUGAGAAUCAAAUACAUUAUAUCCCCCAGCCUCAGUGCUGUAGAUACCAACACCAAUAAUUGCCACCGUUAAAACGAAUGAGUUGUAGUUCAGUGCCAAGAGUGUUUGAAAUGCUGUAGCCUGUGAGUGGCAUAUACAGUAGUGAUGGAUGUUACAGGUAUAACUGUCACUGUAUUCAAGGUGGAAAAAUUGUUCAAACACUGUAACCAUUCCUGGCAAUUCUGUUAACAUUGACAUAGAUUGUCUUGCAAGCAGUGACACACAAGAAUAUAAUUGAAUACCAACAAUCAUUAUUUGAGUCAUAUCAUCAACUGAAGUAAUCUUUGUUAUCUUACUGUAAAUUAAACCGGGGGGUACUGCCAUAUAUGGGCUAUAUAGGUAUGUGCAGCUGUGAAGGGUAUGGUUUUCAAGCAGUUUACUCUGGGAUAGGGUAUAUAAAUCAGAGCGUUUGGGUCUAGAAUAGGGUAUCAUUUUUCAGGAAACUGAUCAGUUGGUUGAAGAUUUUAUCUAAACUAGGGAAACAGCUCCUCUAGGAUAGGGGGGAUUUGGGGAGUUUACUCUAGUAUAGGGUACCAAAAUUUAGCUGAACUAGCUCUGGUAUAGGUUAAGGGUUCCAGGGUCUCAGCGGAACAUCCCUACCAAGAAACCCCUAAAGUACCCCCCGGGAAAUUAAAGUGCACAGACUCAUUGCGACACAUCAUUGUCCACCAUUUUCCCCAAAUCCUGUAACAUUUCUUUGACAGUAUGGAGCAUUAAUUGUUUUUGUAGCAUCUACAUAAACUGAAGGCCAUUCUUCUCUAUAUCAGUACAAAGCUUAAAUUGGCCAAAAUUAACCCGGUGAUUCAAACUGUUUUAAGCACUAUAAAAUAGAUAAGGGACUGUGCAAUAAUUAUCAGGAAGGGGGGGGUCCUAAAAUGAGCUUCACCAAAGGAAAAAUUAGAUAGGUCCCCCCCUCCAGCAGCGUCAAGAUUAGCUCUGACCCCCCCUCACGUUCUCUCGAAAUUAUGAUGUGCCCCCCCCUCUCUAACCCGUACCUUUACUCACCGUACUGCAACGCAUUCCACUGCGUCGUCAGGGAUGAAGAGCACCUCGAAACUUUGUUCUUCGUUCAUAAUCGUCAAUUUCCGAAUCGUCUGAUUGUUCAUUAUUUUCUUGGUCUUCGGAACUGCUAGAUUGCUGCUCAUCCGGGUUUUCUUUACCUUGAGCUUCCCCAUCACCUAGAACACGAGCUACGAGUGCUGGUUUCCCUCCGCUGACGGGUAAACCGUGUUCCUUUAGGUAGAGUUUCAGUUUACUUGCAGACAGCAAGUUGACCUCAACCUCGUCGGACCAAUUAAUGUCUGGAAGUUUGUUCCUUUCCGUUGCCCGUUUUUUUGCUUUCAUUGCAAGGAAUUUUUGGUGCUCUAUGAAGUGAUGACAACUAUGAAACAGAAGCAUGUGGCAUUCCUCAGUUAGAAACUGUAGACCUAGAAACCCUCUCGCUGUUUAAAGCAAGAACAGACCUGGCAUGUCUGCGGGACCUCUUAAAUGCCAAAUGUUUUAUUAGCAAAGCUCACAACGUGUUUUGUGACUUCUGUGCAUGGACGAUUGUUUCAAUCUAUCAUAUGUUGACAUUCUAAAUAAGUUAAAGCAUGUGUUUAUGUUGAUGCAAUAUUUAGACAUUAUGGAUAGUCAAAGGAGUGGCAUCUGUCUAUUUGGAAAAUGUUUAUUUAUUCAUUAUCGAAUUUGUGAAAUUUAAUUAAGACCCCCCCUCAACUUCCUUGAGAAAUCUAAUGUAGAGCCUCCCCCCCCUCCUUUCCAUUAUUUUAACUUAAGCCCCCCCCUCUGGUUUUGGGCCCCCCCCCCCCCUCCUGAUAAUUAUUGCACAGUCCCUAAUUGCAAGUACAGAGGGGCAAAUUCUUACUUAGAAGCCUAUUUGGAUAUCUCAUUCCACCUAAAUCGCCUGUGCUCUAAUGCUUGGACGAUAGAUACACCUUCCCUCGUUUACGAUCUAGUUUUGGAGUUGCCCCUUAAGUAAAAACCUCACACUGCUACAGUUACUUCUGUACCUGUUUAAGUGUAAACCUUUUCUACUUUUAACGUAACAAUGAAUUUCAGACGACAAUGGGGUAUUUUUCCGAAUACUCUUCUACACAAAAAGUGUCACUUUCCGUGUUUUCUGUAACAAAGAUUUUAAUUUGUUCAUUGGUAGUCUGCUAGGGGCAUGACGGUAACCGGUCAUUUCGUUGACAUCGUUCCAGGUCAGAUCGUUCCACAAAAAAGUCAGUUCGUUCCACAUAUGAAAAGUCAAGUAAAUCUUUCUUAAUUUGUUGAGCGAACUUUAUCGAGAAGAAAAAGGUUUCGUUCAUACCACAAGCGGAUAAAAUAAUAAUCGAUCCAAAGUCGAUUCGAUCCAUCCUAAAUCGUUUGAAAACAAACAAGAGACGAUUUCAACCAGCCACGGGCUUUAACAUUUAAACCGCUGCUUUGAGAGUUUUUGAGCUAGAAUCGAUCGAUAGUUUUGAAAGAUAUAACACAACGAGUAAAAGCUAUGCCGUUGUAUUUCGAAGCGCUUGUAACCUAAAUAUUUCUUUGUUGCGCCCGAUUUAUGCAAAUUUUGAAAACAACGCGAGUUUCCAAUUACAAUCUCGAUGGUAAUUUGUCAUGCCGAAAAUAUAAUGGACUAACCUGAUUUAAACCAAUGAAAUUGUAAGUUCCGUUAUAAAUAAAUUUCCCUCGACGAGAUCUCAAUUCAAAUUCUUUUAUUUCCUCCACAACACAAUUUUCCGUUUGUACAACUAGCUCAUUACCUUCUCUUGUCGUCACCUCGCUGCCAUCAAAACACUAACACAAAACUUGCUGAUAACGCAAAAUCCCGACGCACAGCAUCGUAUGAAAAAACACAGCAUGCAAUACAAAAACAAGUACAUUAACCGUCAUCCUGCUAAACAAAAUUGAAAUAAUAGAAAGAAUUGUUGCAGUUAUCACAGUAGUUCCAAAAGAAGCCUCAGUUCCUUCUGGUUUCAAUUGUUGACAAUCGUCUCGGGGCGUCGAUAAAACCAGGAACAUGGAACAUUCCCGAACAUGCCGGAACAUGCCGGAACAUGAAAAACUAAGUAAUUUUCAUGAAAAAAAAAAAAAUUAAAUUAAAUGAUAAUAAUAACAUAGUUUUUGUAAAAAUUGAUAAUAACAAAAUAACAUAAAAUAAAAAAUAUAUAUAUAAAAAAACGAAAAAUAAAGAAAUGAUUAAGAAAAAGAAACAUCUCCGAGUGUGAGAAAAUAAUAUUUUGUUGCAAAUAAUUUGUUGGGCGAGUGAGGGUCCAUGCAAAUGACCGUAAUGAGUGAAGGCUUGCUUCUAAAUUCAAAAUUUAUUAAAAUGGGUCGCGAGAAGGGGGGUUUUCAAGCUUUACUCACACAGCUACCUCUAAAAAUUGUUUUCCAUGAGUUAAUCAUUUGGCGGUUAACCAUUUACGGUUCUGCGAUGGUCUAAAAUGUCGGUGCAGUAUGUCAUGUCAAGCCGAGUCGGUAAUUAAGUUACUAAAGUCCAAAGCAACGAGCCCCUAAGCUCUUCUUACGGUCGCAAAGCCGUAAAUGAAUAACCGGCAAACAUUUACAAGAGGUAGCCGGCUGUGUGAGUAAAGCUUGAAGACCCCCCUCCUCGUGACCCAUUUGAAUAUAUUUUGAAUUUAGAAGCAAACCCUCACUCAUUACUUAUCACAUUCAACUCGCUGUGUUACGCAAUGCAAAAAUCAAAAUCACUAGUGUCACACUGAUAACCAGCUACACAAAUCUUGCGACCCUCAAACUUGUUCAACAUUCUUCUAUUCAAACUCUUAUCCAUUUUACACGUACAAUCCUGAUAUUCCGAUUUGUUAUUACGUCUAUGGGGUCUAUGAGUCUUUGAUGUCAUUGAAUGUCUUGAUAAUUUCCUUUGUUUUUCUUUGAGUUCGCUGACCAGCCCAUUCCGAAAACACUCAGUGUUAUUUUUUAGUGUGGGCCUACCGCGAACAGUGUGUGCAUUUGUAAGUUUAACCCGGGAUAACAUGAUUGAACAAUAUAUUAACACGUUCCUCGAAACGCCGCGGCCGAAUGUUAUCCAAACUGCUUCUCACUGCUGCUUCGAAAAUUUCGGAUCAAACGAUAUCCAAGUCGUCCCUCAUUGGAUUAUCCACUCGACCUAACUGAAAAUCGACCAAUCACAAAAAAUGGACAUAAAAUAAAGAAAACAGCAAAUUCAGAUGACCUCUUAGGAAACGUGCAAUUAAAACUGUCUUUCUAUUAUUGGUGCAUUUCGAUCCUCUCGUCAAAAAAAUGUCAACGCUAUAUUUUAACCUUAAGAAGUUAGACCACUAUGGUGGCCGACAACUAGACCACGAGUAGUCCCUCAUUUUUCCUCAGGGAUAGUAGAGCGAGCGAAACGCGAGCGGGCGUGUCGCCUUUUCUCGCGUGGGGUGAUUUUCACGCGCGCUUGCGUUUUGCUCGCUCUAGCUACUAUCCCUGAGGAAAAAUGGGGGAUUGCUCGUAGUCUAGCCGACAACUGCCAUUCGUCAAAACGAAAUAAAUUUGUAAAUUUUAGAUUGAACUUUAAUUAUUUUGUAUUGAAAAUAAAGCGAAAGUAGAACGUCAAAUUAUUUUGUUUUUCAUUGAACUGGAAAUAGAUUCAUUUUGUUAAUUUUCAAAACAUAACAUUUUUGUUAUGAAAUGAAAAUAAAAAUAAAAGUGAAAUAAAAGCAGAAGUAAAACUAAUUUGUUCACGGUCGGUAACUGCCAUUCAAAACAGAAAAAGUAAAAUUAUUAUGUUCAUGGCCGGUAACUGCCAUUCAAAACAGGAAAACUAAAAUUAAUAUGUUCAUGGCCGGGAACUGCCGUUCAAAAAAAAAAAGGAAAGAAACCUGAGACUUUUGGCGGGAGACAGCCUUACGUUUCUUUCUUUCUCUUUUUAUUGAACGGCAGUUCCCAGCCAUGAAUAGAUUAACUUUAGUUUUUCUGUUUUGAAAAGCAGCUAGUUUCCGGCCAUGAACAUAUUAAUUUCACAUUUCUGUUUUGAACGGCAAUUCCCGGCCAUGAGCAUAUUAAUUUUACAUUUCUGUUUUUAACGGCAGUUCCCGGCCUGGGCCAUGAACAUACUAAUUUUAAUUUACUUUUUCUGUUUUGAAUGGCAGUUCCCGACCGUGAACAUAUCACUUACUUCUGCUUUUAUUUCACUUCUAUUUUCAUUUCGUAAUAAAAAUGUUUUGUUUUGUGUUGAAAAUGAUAAUAAUAAAAAAAUAAUCUAUUUUCAAUUCAAUAGAAAAGAAAAUAACUUUGCGUUUAACUUUUGCUUCAUUUUCAACUCAAAAUAAUUAAAGUUCAAUGUAAAAUUAACAAAUUAAUGUCGUUUUGACGAGUCGGCCACCAUAGGUUGUCUCACCUAGCUAAAUGCCGCCGUAUAAAUUGUAAAUUGUAAAUGUCUUAUUAUCCACUCCCCACAGGGCUUUUCAGGGAUAAUUUACAACACUGGUUGGGGGACUUUGCCAGACUGCUUAAGGUGCAGUUUACAAGUAAUGAAGAUGCCCCCAUACAUGAGUGUAUCGUAGGUUUUUACUGAAUACACAAUUUGUUAGCAAAACAAUCAGCUCUCAGUUCACCUGACUGUGAAUAUUAAGCCCUUCAUGCAGGAAAAAACAAUAAAAGCCGUUAUUUUUUGGUAAACAUUCAGAAUCACUUUAUAGACUGGCACAACUUUCGCAAAAGAGAACUUCUGUCGGCAAAUUCGCGGAAAAGUCGGAAAAUAUACUUUUUUAGAUCAAAAUUAUGCGCUUAUACUUUGUUUAACAAGCUUGGCUCGAUCAUUUAGACCUUCAAAUUGGCUGUCUAUAUUGCACUCAUAUGUUAUGACAUGAAAGCGAGGCAUAUAUAGAUGUGGUAUGAUGAAUAAUAUUCUAGAAUGGUUUACAAGUACGUAAAUCAGCAGGUGACAGAUACAAUAUAUUUUUAGCCACCUAAAAAGUUGAACUCUGAAAAAGAAAAGCAAGAGAAAAUUAUUUGGACAGACAAGUUUUAUGAAGGUUCAAAGGGUAUAAAAACAUUAUCGUAACUGCAUGCAACACUACUUGGAUUCUUUGUUGUUGUUGCCUCUAUUUCAUUUAAUUAAAAGCGGUACAUGAGCGCCUCGUUUCCAUGCGCCACGAAAGAGGGGACUUCCAAUAAAACCGUUUUGGAGCAACUUCUCCCACUGAGACUUUUUGGGACUUUUGAGGAAAAGAAAAGUUGUUUACGUUCUAGGCCUAGUGGUUCGAAAGUUCCAUAAGGCUUUCUACUGGAUAAACCCGAUCUCUAUCCAGUGGAUAAGGCAAUUGGUCUUUCCCUAAUACUUAUCCGCUGUAUAACGCUAUCCAACGUUUGAACUACCGACGUCUAGGGAAUGCAGUGCGUUAAGGGUUUUUGUCAAACUUCUAAACUAUUAUACCAACUAUCGGUCAAUCAGCUCUGAACCCUACAUAGGCGGAUAUCUUCAUAUUUUAUUCCCGAAUUGAUCUCGUAGUUCAGGGGAUGCGUAGGACUUGAGUAGCGAGUUGCAAAGGUUGUGAGCGGGGGCGGAGGCCGGGUGGCCUUAUGGGCGAAAAGUCGUUAUUUGACCAAAAUACAUCAAUCUUUAGUUUACAGUAACAUGGGUGAUAUUCGUUGCAAUUGUAUUUUGUCUCUUUGUGACCAGAUAGCUAUAAAAAAAUUGUGUAAAAACUUUUCUUAAAAAUAUUUUAAGAAAUUUUAAAAAAGUUAAAAAAUGUACGACGUUUCGACGUUCUCGGACGUCAUAAUCAGGUAAAAAAUACAGUAUGUCAAUGUUCUAUAUAAAUACAAGAAAAGCAAUAGCUCAUUGCAGUCACUCUGAGUAGGCUGAUGAGUAACAUUUAGUAAACGAGGUAGUCAAAUUGACGCAAUUUUUUAAAAACUAAUUGUUUUAAAAAGUCGCGUCUUUUUAAUGUGACCAGAUAAACGCAUGUUAAUAUUUCUUGUCCAUUAGAACCGACGAGACCGUUAAAUAUGGGAGCAGUAUUGUUAAAUGCCAAAUAGAUCUGGCGUCAUUUCAAAUGGCCACCCAAUUUUAGGGAUACAAACUAGGUGCCCGCCGUCUUUGGUCAAAAAUGUUUCUGUUCAUCAAAUUGGUGCCACUGGUCUAACAUACACCUGUCUUUUUGUGUCUUAGUUUCUAAUAUUAAAUUCUAAUUUAAAGCUCUUUCGGAGCCUAACUUAUUGCGUAGUUUAUCCUUUUAGGGCCUCUUCAUAUGAGCCCGGUUGACGGGGCUGGCUCGGUUACCGGGAUGAAUUUUGCCUUGGGUUCAUAUGAGAAAUUUCAGACCGGUUUCCGAGAUGAGAAAAGGUCAAAGAUCCUGGGGACGAGUUCUGGCGCCAAGUUCGGGAAACAAAGCAAACAUAGUGAAACACAAAAAUUUUAACUUUCGGGUCUAUAUUAGCAUCGGUAACUUUUAAAGCUGCAUCACUGCAGUUAAAUGGGAUGCUUAUGAUGUGGAAAAUACAGCAGGCGAUGGAAGACGAUGCCAUCCGGACCACCAGAAUUCAUCCCGCCGUUCAUCCCGGUAACCGGGAUGAAGUGUUCAUAUGGCAAAAUUUCCAGCUCGCUUACCGAGAUCUCGGUUGGAAAAACCGAGAUCUCGGUAACCGAGCCAGCCCGCCCUCUCAUAUGAACACAUCGAAAAUUUUACAAAGGAUUUAGAGGUAAGACGAGAUCUCGGAAACCGCGCCAGCCCGGUCAACCGAGCUCAUAUGAAGAGGCCCUUAGUUAGUUGCAUUAAAAUUGCCGUGGGUUUUUGCCAUCAAAUGACCUGGUGAAUUUCUGUUUCUCGGCUUCUAACUUUAAUUUUAGCUAGCCCAUUACUCAGUUUAUGCUGUCUCAAUUAUAGAAUGUUGACAUUGACAGUGUUUCGUUCCUCUGACUUGCACCUGUGUUCUCGAUUUGUUGUUAAGGUAACGAUGGUUUUACAAAGUGGUUCACAGUAAACAUUUGUUCUUGUAAUAAUACGCUGCAACCGUCUACAACAAAAACUUUAUAGCUUCAAAAUUUCGUGCUGCUUGUUAAAAACGUGGCAAAUAUAGAGAAGGGAAUCAGUCCCUGGAAGUGAGCAAAUGAUAUAUUUCAAACAUUUUCAGCAAACGGGUAUUUCGUUUAUAUGAAAAGACCAUCAUUUGAGGAGAUCAUGUUCUAACAUAGUCUCUGAAUUAAGCACGGACGUCCUUGUUCUCUGUCGCAAAAGUUUUACAGCUCAUUUCCAGACCAGUAACCCAGAACAGUACUUGUUGAAAAGGUAAGAAAAAAUGUUUUAGCGGCGCGGUAUAAUUUAGGUGCAAUGGUGAGAACAAUUACGAUAAAACUAAGAAAACUAGUUGGCAGCAGAGUUCUCGGAUCGUGAAGUUAUCUUAAUUGCUGAACAGUUCAAAACGUGAAUUUUCUCCUUCUGCAAGAGAUGCUUGAAGCUGCUACAUUGUAUUCAUAUUUUCAUUUGUCACCGCAAAAACUCUAUAACUACCUGACUGUUCAAAGAGAGAUAAAUCAUUCUUCUUGGUUCUCAGCUGAGUCUCACUGAAAAUUUAAACCUUACUGAUUUCAUAUUAUAGAAAAGGGCUUGAACAAUGGAAUAUUUAAGUACAACCUUGAAAAGCCGCAUCUUUAAAUUCUAUUUUGUGAACCUGCACCACUUUCAUUCCCAUGAGAGCUACAUAGUGGACUCUUAUGACCUAGGUGGUUCUAGCAUUCUUAAUUUGCCAUGUUAAUGAAAUCGGGUGGCUAUCAUUCAAAUGAAUUUCCAUGCGAAUUUUCAUAUGGUACAAAUUUUUUCUUCAUUUUAUCUAAAUGAAGAUCGGAGGUUUUGUCAAUUUGACUUUGGCUACUUCUGGUAGUAGCCAAAGCAGUCCUAGCACACCCGACUGCUCAGGUGCCUUGUUGGGCGGGGAGCGUUUCCGGGGGGCCAGGUUUGAAGAAGCUGCAAGGGUAAGUAGCCGCGACGAAUAAUAGUCUGCUGCGAAAUAAUCAUGAUAAUGUAGGUGUCAAUCACAAAGGAUCGAUUUGUCGAGGCGGCGGUGGGCUGAUUGAAUGAGGAAGUUUACGACUAACACCACGCUUAGAUCAGCAACAAUAUUUUGAAACAUGAUCUUAACUGCAACGAAGAACGUUUAGAUAAUAGGAUGACUUGGUCCUCGGCUAUUCAUACCUUCAUGAUAAAUUUAAACCCCGUUAGCCACCCAGGCAGAAUAAAAUUGUGCAGUGAAAUUAUUUUAUAAAUGUAUGGUUAGAUAAACAGAGCUUAAAACAGUAGAGCAAAGAACAUCGAUUACUACUAGCAGUUUGUUCGCUUGCAUUGAGAGAGAGAUAGACUGUGGCGAAACAAUAACUGUAUAUGUCGAUCAAAAAAGGAUCAAUUUGUCGAGGGCCGAUUGAAAGAGGAAGUUUAAGUUAAAACCAGCCUUAAACAGCAACAAUAAUUUCAAAAAUGUGACAACCGUUAAGGUAACAGAGGGACAAACAGAAAGAACCGCGAUGUUAAGGAAGAUUAACUUAGACCAUGGCUUACGAAAAUAAUAGAAUCUCUAGAUUUUUUCAUAUGUGGGUUGUUUCAGGCAGGUAAAUAUAUUAUAUACUGAUUUUUAUUCCUCUUUGUGCUCUCUGUGUAUGUUAACAUAAAAAAUGAUCGCAAUAAAAAAGUUUAGAUACCACGAUUGGGAGAACUGAGAAUGAUCUAGGCCCUCUUCAAACAGUGUAUGUUCGUCUAAAAUUAUACUCCCGUUUGCCCAGAGAGAUAAAAUUGUUUACUCCAUAAACGUUACACCAAAACGGCGUCAAAUUUUAUUUUUUGUCUUAACGAUAAUUGACCCUCCAUGCAGCCUCAAGGUUUCAAGGUAAAAAUUGUUUUGAAUUCUGCAGGUGCAGUCGAUGGCUGCGACAUAAAUAUAAGAGUAGUAUUUCCGCCAUUUUAGGAUGAGGUAUAAAGCGUGCACGACGGGUUGUUAACGGUUAUGAUUUCCUUUGUUGCAGUUCCAAAAGUUAGAGUACUUAAGGCCUUAAAGGGGCCGAACCCGCUUUCGAUUCUUUCAGCAGAGAUGCAUGCGUACCCGAAAAAAGUCCGGCCUCGUAACGGAGAUGAAAUGUUCGUAUGUUCUAUCCCAGGAUAUCCCUUCUUCUCCCGCAGUCAGAUCGCAAUCUUUAAAAAGAUAUUGAAGCGAGAUCUCGGAAACCGGACCAGUCCAUGUGGUUUACACGGAUCUUAUAAAGAGGGUGUCCUUACCUGUACAAACAAAACCAAGUGCUAUUCAAAUGCUGCAAAUAUCAUCACACGUGCAGUCAAGACAACAUUUUGCUCGAUGUUUUUAAAGUUUGCAAGCUGCAGAAACUGGCUGAACAGUUCAUGGAAUUGUUCGAUGUGUUUGAAUUAAAGAUUCUGGGUUAUUACCUCGAGUUUUCCGCUCCUCCGGAGAAUUUCUUCUUUCUCCUCUGAUACUUGCCGAGCUUUGAAUUGUUUGGGCGCUUAACACGGCCAGCCAAGCGAAGCUGUUCGCUUUGUCCUCCAACACCUCUUUGUACGAACUAAAUUCUCGGUCACGUACAAUAGACAGGGUGCAGCCUUUGUUCCUUAAGUGUCUAUCAAGCGAUGCCAUCAUUACUUUAAGGCUUUCUGGUUCAUAAUCUUCACCUUUUUUAUUGUUUGUCUUCGGCGUAGCAAUGCUCGAGCAAAGUGUUAAGCUCAGCCGGCUCAUAAUUUUCUAUUUCAUCAGUAAUCUCCUUAUAUACGCACCAAUUCUUCGUGACAGAGAGCCAAAAACCAGUGCUUUGCGCAGUGUUUUCGUUUUUAGAGCAGUUUUUCAGCUCCUCUACAGUUGUUUCGGUCGCAAAAGCAAAUGUGCUGCAAAUGCCAACCAUUGCGGUUUUUGCUCGAAACUGGUCUCACCGGAGCGGAUCCAAAUUUUGCGCCAUUUAGAUGGCGCAUUUGAUUGGCUCUCAGUGAGUUCCUUUGCUUAUUAGCCAAUCAGAAUGUCACGUUUAUUACUCUUUUCUACACUAAAUUACCUUUUUUCUGCAUCGUGUUACCUAAAUAAAAACUGCAUUUCUCUUAGCCAAUCACAAUCGAGAAAUUUUUUCAGGUAUGUUAUUAAACAUGAAAUAAUAAAGAGGUUAGUUUCUAGCAAAUCGUCAUUAAGCGUCUGUGUGGUUAUUAAGGCCCGGUUCAGACGCCGAACUUUUCAUGAGCCGAACCUAAUACAUUGAAUAAAGUACAUGAAAAUUUCGGCGUCUGAAUCAAUUAGGAACGCCUGUUUCAAUUUGGAACGGUUCAGCCGUUCUUUUCGCCUGGCCCGGCCGGGAAUUUCGCCUUUGGAGCGACUUUGGAACGGAUUUGAUUCAGACGCCGAAGUUGUCGCCAAGUUAUUUAUCAGAGUCAGUUGACAAAAACAGCUAAGGUCGGGUUUGAUUCCACGUGAUGAAAAACUUCGAGUGGCACAUUGAUUCUACAUAAGUUACGUUUUGUAAAAUAAAUCUUUGAGCUAUGAUGACUAGAAAUUGGUCUCUUUAAAAUUGCUGCAAGGAGUUUCCAGAUGCAAUAUUUUUUCUUGCCUCAAUCUUGAUAUUUGAUGGUCUUAAAAGAGUUAAAUGAACUCUCGACUCAAUGAUUCAUACGAACGAGGGUUGACUCGGUUCUUAGGUUUACCUUUUGAUUAGUUAAAUAUAGUCAGCCGCAGUAAGUGAGGUUGAAUAUAAAAUUUUUCGCCCUCAGUGGCCUGUCAACCAAUUCAUCAUCUACUCUAACCUCGUGCGCUACUUUUGACAUUUUUGUUUUAAAGGUGAAAGCAAGACCGUUACUUCAGAUUUUGUGACGACACACGGCUAAGGAAUAACUUAUUUAGGGUUGAGGUGAGCGCUCUUUCAAUGUGUCUCCAUUACAGAUAUUGGAGGACUUGAAGUCAUUCUUUUUAGUUCACCUCCUAACGUUUCAGAUCCAACUAAGCAACCUUUACUUGAAUUCAUCUUUGUAUAGGUAGCAGAGCAACUGAAGGUGGGAAGCGAAAAGAAAUUAUCCACGAUGCUUUCCACAUCCGAGUGCAUUACCUGGUUUGCUGCAUUCCUUACCGUUUCUGUUGCUAUAGUAACAGUGAAUCUUCUAUCGAUCAUUCUUUUUGUAACAAAUAGUGAUCUUCGCACUCGUGGCACGUAUUUGGUUAUAAACUUGACCAUAGCUGACAUGUUGGUUGGAGGAAUUUCCAGUUUUCAAACUUUGUUUGGAAUCUACGAAUGCAAAAUUGUGAAUGUCCGGUUAGAUUGGGGAGGGUAUAUGUACAUCAUAGUGUGGUUUGGUUACUUCUGGUUUCCUCUUGCCUCCCUUACAAACAUUACUGUAAUUUCGUUAGAUCGGAUGCAUGCGACAUUUCGUCCAUUCAGACAUCGCGUUAUCAAAAAAUGGGUCUACGGGAUAACAAUUUCUGUGGUCUGGGUUUUAGCUGGGAUGAUAUCAGCUGCCAUUAUGUUGCUUACUUUAUUCGGCAAAAAAUGGUCACAACAUCAGUAUUUAUGGCAAGCAUAUUGCUUAUUAUGUCUUUUUGUUAUCUGUGCUUGUUACGCCUCAAUUAUUGUCAAAAUUUGUUGUGGGGCGCGUCCUCAGCACCAUGGUGCAGCCCGUAGGCAAAGAAAACUAACUGUAACGUUACUCAUCAUGACUAUUGUAUCGUUACUGUUGUGGUUACCGUUUGCUGUAGGUACCUUUGUUUAUCAUACAAUUGAUAGCAUUCGAUCACUUUCUUACUCAAAAAUAAUGGGAUUAAAUUUGUCUUUACUGCUUUUAUUUUGCACAAACUCGUUUGUUAAUCCCGUGGUUUACACAAUAAGAAUGCCCAACUUUAGGAAGGCUCUCCUGUUAUUAUUUACACGUCGACAAAGACGAAUUGCUGUUGGUAUCCCUCUCAGGAGGCAUGCCUGUUAA